GGUAGCCGCGCUCGUAUUUAUUCUGCAGCAUGCCGGCACUGUCUGUUCCGUUAUCACAGCAAAGCAGCCGCAGGAAAAACAGAGAGCAGAGCUUUGUUUUAGUUGAGCUCAGAGACGACAGCCUAACUCUGUGAACGUCAUUCAACUUGGCUAUAAAUUCCAUACCUGCUCCGUAACAGUAAAGAAAAAAUGCUGUUAUCAGUGACUUCCAGGCCUGGGAUUUCGACUUUUGGCUAUAACAAGAACAACAAGAAGCUAUAUGUGGCUCAGCAAAUGGCACCUCCGAGCCCAAGGAACAGCACCCCUAACAGCAGCAGCGGGAGCGACCAGCUGAGCAAAACCAACCUGUAUAUCCGGGGACUGCAGCCAGGCACCACUGACCAGGACCUUGUCAAGCUCUGUCAGCCGUAUGGCAAGAUUGUCUCUACUAAGGCCAUCCUGGACAAGACCACAAACAAGUGCAAAGGCUAUGGCUUUGUGGACUUUGACAGUCCAACAUCAGCACAGAAGGCUGUAACUGCACUGAAAGCCAGCGGCGUGCAGGCACAAAUGGCAAAGCAACAGGAGCAAGACCCUACAAAUUUAUACAUCUCAAACCUCCCACUAUCAAUGGACGAGCAAGAACUGGAGGGGUUGCUGAAGCCUUUUGGCCAAGUUAUCUCCACUCGGAUCCUUCGAGACACUAGUGGGGCCAGCAGAGGGGUCGGCUUUGCAAGGAUGGAGUCCACAGAGAAGUGUGAAGCCAUCAUCACCCACUUUAAUGGAAAGUAUAUAAAGACGCCCCCUGGAGUAGCAGCACCUUCCGAUCCCUUGCUUUGCAAAUUUGCUGAUGGCGGGCCAAAGAAACGACAGAACCAAGGAAAAUUUGUGCAAAAUGGACGGGCCUGGCCAAGGAACGGAGACAUGGGUGGUAUGGCCUUGACCUACGACCCCACCACAGCUCUUCAGAAUGGGUUCUAUGCAGCUCCUUACAGUAUCGCCCACAGCAGGAUGCUUGCUCAGUCUGCCUUAGCCCCGUAUCUUCCAUCUCCUGUGUCUUCCUAUCAGAGAGUGACUCAGACAUCUCCUCUACAAGUACCUAACCCAUCUUGGAUGCAACACCAGUCGUACCUCAUGCAGCCUUCAGGCUCAGUUCUGACACCAGGAAUGGACCACCCCCUUUCUCUCCAGCCCGCCUCCAUGAUGGGACCUCUUACCCAGCAACUGGGACACCUGUCACUCAACAGCCUGGGCACGUUCAUGCCGACAGCUGCCGCUAUGCAAGGAGCUUACAUCCCUCAGUACCCAGCUGUGCCUUCGUCCAGUGUUUCUGUUGAGGAGAACAGCGGCCAGCAGAAUCAACUGGCAGUGGAGCCCCCCUCAGACCAUGGGGUCUAUCCUUUCCAGUUCAGCAAGUAAUGAGGUCCAGACCUGGGGAAAGAAGCCUAUGCACUCCUCCUUGGGCUGUUUUCCCAUUGCUGAUGGAAUCUGAGGAACUGCCUUGUUUUUUUCGAAUGUGCUACAUUCAAGAUCAAAGACUUUUUUCUUUUGCAAAAGAAGUUUCUUGCUUUGUAUUUACUUGCAGCGAACCUUUACUCCUCCCCCAAAGAUACCAGUUGAGCUGCUUCUCAUCUUCAGGAGGUUUGGGUAUGUUGGGAUUGCUUAGGAAGGCUUUUAAAAUGAUUUUUUU